GACUGGUAUACUAGUAUGUUGGGGUGCAUAUUAAGAUUUGCAAUUUGGAAAUAUGACAUUUUGUGGCAUAAAAUCACAUGGGACUUUAGCAAGACGAGCUUGAAUCGCCAACUCUAUCGAAUGAGCGAAUGGUACCUCAUGUUUGCACGUUUCCCCAUUUCUCUGUGAUUCACAAUAAUUUCCUCAUAGUAUGAGAACACCGAUACAUCGUUACACCGAGAAAUGGACAAAACAUCCGCUGCUUUAUUAUCUGCGGUUUCGGGACCUUCUCCUAAUUGACAAAGAACAUAAGAAGUUAUCCAACAUGCUGAGUCGUCCCAAGAGUAAUCUAGUGGAUCCAGAUACUAGGAAACCUUGUGGGCACCCAGUUAGCACACAUCUGAUGCUGGCCCCGGCUAUGCGGGCUAAGCUGAUAUCCGAACUGGAACAUCAACACGAGAACGCGGCCACUCCAGCAAACAUGGUCACUGAGGACCCUCUAAACUACGAGGCUUAUGCCACGGAGUUAUACCGUGUGACUGAGCAGCGUGAAAAGAUACAGAAGUUGGUGGAUGAGAAGUUACCUAGAUGGGUGCACGAGAAAGAGAAAGAAGAUCGUUCUGUCGAGUAUCUAACGAACAGCGCUGCGCGUAAAUCGUCGGAGAAGAAGAAAACGUACCCGUAUUUGGAGGUAAGAGGUGUGAUAAGACUGCAGAUGGAGGCUAUCAAACAGUGUGAACAAAAUUCAGGAUCUGGCAUCUUGUGACGAUCAUGAUUCACGACAAAUGUGUGAUGUACAGCCCUAUCAGCCAGUGACCCCGCAAAUUCUCUGUAUCUCUCUACAAAUACAUGAGAACAUGAAAUAGACGAUUUAUUGGCGCCUGAUUCUAUUCAAGUUUAUCAGACGCAAACAAUGAACUAACCUCAGUUUCUGCGAUUA